CUUUUCACCCACACGAAUCUCCCCAACCCUUCGUUAUCUCCUUUCCCAUCCCCGCUCGUUACUUUCUUAUCCUGCUCGUACAAUUCCCCUUUUCUUCCCGUCGUUCGUUCCCUUCGUCUUCGCCGCCUUCUGCCCUUCCAGCAUCUCCCCCCCUUUGCUCCGUCGCCGAACACAUCCACCGUCCGCGCCCGCUGCUGUCUCCUCCGUCCUCGUCCUCGACCUUAUCUUGAACCCGUCGCUGCCGGCUCCUACGUACCACCGUGACGGCUUAGCCCACGUCUGACACUCUUGGCGCAACAGACGCCAUCCGUGUAUCCGUCACCCCGUUGGUUCGCCUCCACUUUUGCUGCUGCCGUAUGUGCCUGUAGCCGUACGUUUUACCCGCCGUGUUGCAGCAGGACUGAGGACGAGAUCGACUCCGUCUUCCUCCACGCAUACGUGCAUCCUCUACCUCCCUCGUCGACCUCGACCGCGAAGUCUUUCUCAGCGGAGACCCCGGUGCUUCUUAGCACCGUCACAUCCUCCUCUCCCUCUCUCGCAUAAAUAGUCAAUCAAGAUGCACGGCGACGUACGGUUCACCAAUCUUCUUCUCUUGCUUGUCUUGUCCGUACUCUCUUUAUCGUCUUUCGCGAAUGCUUUUUACAUCCCAGGCUACUCGAUAAAAAGCUACCGCGACGGCGAAACCAUACCUCUGUUUUGGAACAAAUUGUUUUCCGACCGCACCCAGCUGCAGUAUGCCUACGCCGAGCUGCCCUUUGUGUGCCCUCCGAGCGGCCGCAAGCGUCUGAGUGGCCUGACAAGCGGCACAAGUCUAACCCUGAACCUGGGUGAGGUCCUCCGCGGCGACCGCAUCACUGUGUCCGACUACGAGCUUGUCGUUGGCGAAGAUCAAGAGGUCAGCUAUUUAUGCAGUAAAGAGGUGGAUGCAAAGGCUCUUCGCUGGGCUCGCGAUCUGAUCAGCGACAACUACGAGGCUGAGUGGAUCGUAGAUAACCUGCCCGGCGCAACCAGCUUCGUUACCACAGACAAGUCACGCAAGUACUACGCCGCUGGCUUCAAAUUGGGCUACGUCGAUUACGAUCCGGCCACUCUCAAGCCUCUGUACUACAUCAACAACCACGUCACUUUGGUCAUUCGCUACCACCGAGCGCCCGGUAAAGAUGGCGACAACGGCAGGAAGGUCGUCGUCGGCUUCGAGGUUUAUCCGAAGAGCAUUGAAGCCGGACACCGAAACGCAGAGACCGGCCUGCCCCUGGACAUGGAGAACAUUGAGCGGGGCAUGGAGCUAAGCUUCCGUGCGAACGCGACGCGCGUGGCCGGUAACGAGACAAUCAGCGACUACGUGGACACACCCCAGGACGACCUCGACGAUGACCUGACUGGAGACGGAAAGCUCACCAUUCCAUACACGUAUUCGGUCUACUGGCGUGAGGACGAGCACCUCGAGUGGGCUCGCCGAUGGGACAUGUACUUCGCCAACGAGGAGGACAACAACAAGAUACACUGGCUGGCCAUCGUUAAUUCCCUCGUCAUAUCUGGCUUGCUGACGGCCGUCGUCGCCGUCAUCUUCGCGCGCACUAUUCGCGGCGACAUUAAGCUGUAUAACAAGGAGUCCGGCGUCGAGGACGGGAAGCUCAAGCUCAAGCGCAAGUUGAGGUCACCCGAUCGAACGCCCCGCCGAAGCAUGGAAAAGGCAGGUUCUGGCCUGCUUGAUCAGAUUGACGCCUCUGAGGACGCGGACGUCUCUUCGUCGGACGACGAGGCCGUUGAGGACAUCACUGGCUGGAAGCUUGUCCAUGGCGACGUCUUCCGUCCCCCUCCUUUUGGCUCCAUCCUCGCUCCCAUCGUCGGUUCCGGCACGCAGGUCAUCUUCAUGGCCGCUGGCCUCGUCCUGCUGAGCUGCUUCGGCGUUCUCAACCCCUCCUUCCGCGGCGGCUUCAUCAGCGUCGCUAUGGCGCUCUUCGUUCUGGCUGGCGCAUUUUCCGGCUACUUCUCUGCGCGCGUCUACAAGACGUUUGGAGGUCAGAACUGGAGACGGAACGUCAUCGUCACUGGCACACUGAUCCCUGGCCUGAUAUUCGCCACAAUCUUCAUCCUCAACUUUUUCGUGUGGGCCCAGGCGUCGAGCACUGCCAUCCCCUUCGGAACCCUCCUCGCCCUUGCCUCGCUGUGGCUUCUCAUCCAGCUUCCCCUCGUGUACGUGGGCAGCUGGUACGGCUUCGUCGUCGUCGGUGCCUGGGACCAUCCCGUCAAGCCCAAUGCCAUACCGCGGCAGAUUCCCCGACAGGAGUGGUACACAAAGAGCAUCCAGACCGUGCUGCUUGCCGGCCUCAUUCCCUUUGCCGUUAUUUUCGUCGAACUUCUCUUCGUGUUCAAAAGCAUGUGGCAAGACAAAAGCGGCUACUACUACGUCUUUGGUUUCUUGGCCGUUGUGUGCGGCAUAUUGGUCAUCACCGUUGUCGAAGUCUCGGUUGUCGCCACAUACGUGCAGCUUUGCUCUGAGAACUACCAUUGGUGGUGGCAAUCCUUCCUCGUCGGCGGCGCGUCCUCGAUCUGGAUCUUUGUUUACUGCAUCUGGUUUUAUGCAUUUAAGCUGCACAUUACCGGUUUUGUGUCCAGCAUUCUCUUCUUCUCCUACUCGUUCCUUGCCUGUCUCGUGUAUGGUCUGUUGACAGGUACAAUUGGCUUCCUGGCGAGUUACGCGUUCGUGAGGAGGAUUUAUUCUGCGGUCAAGGUUGAUUGAUUAACCCCAUCCAUUUGCUUCACCGCUUUGCAUAAUGUUUAUUUUUUUUUUUAAAAAAAAAGAGUUUUUUAUCUCUUUUUUUUUUCCUUCUUUUCUUUCUUUGUAAUGAAUAACAUCGGAUGGCAUGCAUAUUCACUGUUAAGCGUUGGUGUUACGGGCUACAACGGGCGUUUUCAAUCGCGCACAUCUAUGGCAAGAUAGACAGAACGUCACCAGGAAAAGGACAUCGCCGCACCAAUGGACCGCGACAUUUCGGAAAAAGAAAGAUGACAGGUAGUACUCUUUCGAUGGGUAAGACGCGUGGAAAGGUUCCUGCUAUUGUGUACCAGGUGUCGAUAAAAAAAACGCGCAACAAGAAAUAGAAGAAACAAUACAGUGACAUGUUCGACGACCGUGAAACGAGCUCGAGCGUUCGUCGGUGCGAAGUUCCACUCUUGCAAAGCAAUGCAUGCUUCGGCUGUUUUUAUUUCUCACCUUACCUUCUUUCUGUUCUAGACCUAGACGGCCUCGAAUCUCUCAGAAUCCGA